AUGCAAAAUCUCUCUGAACAGCAGCUGCAGCAAAUGAUGGUGCUUGAAGAGAUGAAGCACUACAACAAAAUGGUUUCAACGUGCUUUAAGGAAUGCAUACUCACAAUGACCAGCAAAACUCUAGCACCUCAAGAGAAAACUUGUAUGGAAAAUUGUUUUAGGAAGACAUCGAAGUUCAAUGAAAAAUUAGUCCAAUCAUUGAAUUUUGUGACCAUUGCGAGAUCAAAUCAGCAGCAGAUUCAGCAAUAA